AUGAUCUGGUUACAAGAACUCUGCGAAGCCUAUUGGAUAGAGAUAAUAGCAUUAUGGAUUCUACUGGUUAUGUUUAUUGUAUUAUUGAGAGGGAUUAGGAAAAACUAUGAGGUUUCAAUUGAUUGGUUUAAAUCUUCUCAAGAAUUUUUAGAAUCAAAUUUUAGCAGAUACGCAUUAAUACAAAAAUCAUUUUGGUUGGAUUCUUGGAGUCAAUUUGAUAUUUUUGCAACGGGAAGAAAGAAUUGUCCAUAUAUGUAUAUGAACGUUAUUUGCAGGCCAAGACAGGAUGUUCUUACUGGAAUUUUAUUCCAACCUUUGCUAAGAAAUUACGAUAAGGUAUAUAUUGAAAUUCCAAUAGAGAAAAUGGGGCCAAUUAUGCUAUUAGUAUGCAAUAAAAGUGAACUUAAAAAUACUUUAAUUGAAUAUCCAGAGAUUGAAAUCCAUUGUUUACAGAAAAAGGUAAAAAAUUUACCUAAAAAUAGUCUUGUUUAUGCUAACAGUAACGCUUGUGUUGAGUUUCUAAUGUCAUCCAAUACAUUUUCAAAGUUUAUAUGCUCGCAACUAUCAGAAAGGCUUGUGAAUUAUAUUUAUAUCUCUGAUCAAACCACAUGCCCAAGGCUAACCAAUAGUUAUUCGAAAAAUACAAGCGUACUAAAAGCAUGCGUAAAAAUCCCUUCUAAAAAUGAUAUUGAUAUUUUGAGAAAUCUUAAUUUGGACUUGAAUUAUCUAUUCAAGAAUCUUCUAUCUCUUUGUGAAACUCUGUUAACUCUUGAACUUCCAGAAAAGACAAUUCAACAUAUAAACAGCAAUAGAUUGCUAGUUGAAAAAACAUUUCUUAAAAUGAACAAUUGUGUAAAUGAGAAAGUUGAGGCAAAAAGAAGGGAAAAAAUUCGAUCAGAAGCUAUUAAAAUUAGUAGAAUGAGUCCAAAAGAACAAAAAAAAUAUCAAGAGAAAAAGGAGAAACAACAAGCUAGAUCUAGAAUUAAAUUGAAAAAGGUCCGAGCUUAA